UUCGAUUCCACUGACUCUCUAAUGAGCGUGCGUGGUCGAUCGCGCAUGCUCACCAACUCGAAAGAAAAUGGCCGGUGAGACUGAAGUUCCGGGUUGUGAGUUUGGCGUUCUGGCAGGCGGCCUAGCGGCUAGAAUGUUGACCUCUGGGCAGCCCUGCUUGGGGUAACAUCAUGAAGAGUGAUGUUGUUGGAUGAAACUAAUUUAUGGAUGACCUCAGUAUUUAUAAGUAAUGUUGGUUUGUUUGCCUUUAGAUACCUAUCCAUACUUAGUAGUUAGUUCAAAAAGCCUUUGUAAACAGAGGACGAGGCAACUGUACUACUUGUACAGACCUAACCUUUUUUGGAGGAUAAGCCAAGCUAUUCCUCUGCACACAAGCAAACCAUAUUAUAAAUGGACCGGAGGCAAAACGCUCUGGUAUAACAAGCACCUCUAUUGUCAUGAUUUCUUGCAUUACAGAGUUUCUAAACUUAGUACUUCUAAGGAAUUGACAACUACAAACAGUCGCAUGUCACGAUUUAAGAAUACUUUAGAAUCUGUCUCAAAAGCUGUGACUGGAACUCACAGUGAACUGGUUUCACGGAUAGCUCGGCUAAAGCCGUAUUCUGAUAUAUUGAACAAAUCAUCUGGAAAUAAUGGACAGGAAAAUAGCUUUCAUAUGAAUCCCGAAAAUGUCAGACAAACCUCAAACAACAGGAGUCAGGAAGGGUAUGAUGACAGCAUAGAUGACAAGAAUUUUGUGUCUGCAGGUAGAGACCUGGAUCCCAAUAGUGCUAAUCGAGGUUCUUUGAAAGAUCUUGCGGGUAUCAAAAAUAGCCUUUUUCAUGUUAGCUACUUUGCUACAAAUUUUGGAGAAACUUACAACUUUCUAGCUAAUCACAUUAACUGGUACUUUAGCACUGGUAGUAUGGAUCAAGAGAAAAAAGGGAAUGCUUUCUCACCUAAGCCACAGAAUCAGGGGGGAGAAGCACUUGAUUCACCGGAAGACGACAUAUUAAGUAAAGAAGACAGAAUGAAUGCAAUAUCUGCUUUAAUACCUGCAGCACAGUCUCCAGACUCUGAAAAGGCCAAUGCCACUCCCCCAGCUUCAAGCAAAAAGGGUAUCGCAAGUUUUCUUUCUUACCCAAGUAACAGUGUGCAGGCCUUUGUGGAUGGUUACAUUGGAGGCCUGGUGCCCAAGUUACGAUCUGAUACAAAAUUUUCCUUGCAAGAAAAGAGCAAAGUACAAGAAAGUGAGGAUACAUUGAAAGAUGGUGGGGAGACUAAACGCCGUGAAGAGAAAGAAAAGAGACUAUCUCUUCAAAGAGAAAAGAUCAUUGCAAGGGUGAGUAUAGAUAACAGAACGCGGGCUUUAGCUCAAGCAUUACGGAGAUCCUCUAGCAGAAGAGUCUGUAUCAGCAGGGUUGAAGAACUGACAUACCAUCUCUUGGAAUUUCCAGAAAGUAGAGGAGUUGCUAUUAAGGAAAAAACCAUUCCAUGCUUGUUGCAGCUAAGACAGGCAAAUGAUGAAGCUCUACAGGCUGCUGUCAGGAAGGCUUUGGCUGUAAUUGGUUAUACAGACCCUGUAAAAGGGUGGGGCAUUCGAGUGCUCACUAUUGAUGGUGGGGGGACAAGGGGUUUGGUGGCGCUUCAGACUCUUCGUAAACUAGAAGAGCUCACUGGAAAGCCAAUUCAUCAUCUUUUUGACUACAUUUGUGGAGUCAGCACAGGUUCCAUAUUGGCAUUUAUGUUGGGGCUAUUCCAUAUGCCUCUGGAUGAGUGUGAAGAACUUUAUCGUAAACUAGGAACUGAUGUGUUUAAGCAAAAUUUUUUUGUUGGGACAGUUAAAAUGGGCUGGAGCCAUGCAUUUUAUGACAGUGAAUUCUGGGAGAAGAUUCUUAUAGAUAAAAUGGGAUCAGAAGUUAUGAUUGAAACAGCAAGAAAUCCCAGAUGUCCUAAGGUGGCUGCAAUAAGUACCGUUGUAAGCAAAGGAACCCCUCUGAAAGCUUUUGUGUUUAGAAAUUACAAUCACCUCCCUGGAGUCAAGUCUCACUAUCUUGGAGGUUGCCAGUAUAAAUUAUGGCAAGCUAUCAGAGCAUCAUCUGCUGCACCAGGUUACUUCCAGGAGUAUGUACUGGGGCAUGACCUUCAUCAGGAUGGAGGACUUCUUUUAAAUAAUCCUACAGCUUUAGCAGUACAUGAAUGCAAAUGUCUUUGGCCGAAUGUGCCACUUCAGUGUGUAAUAUCCCUGGGAACUGGUCGAUAUGAAAAUGAAGGGAAAACUAAUGUCACCUAUACAAGUCUGAAAGCUAAAUUGACUAAUGUCAUCAGCAGUGCUACUGAUACUGAAGAAGUCCACACUAUGCUGGGUGCCCUUUUACCUCCAAACACUUACUUCAGAUUUAAUCCUUUGAUGAAUGAAGAUAUAGCUCUGGAUGAAAAUCGUAAAGAAAAGCUUAAUCAGUUGCUGACAGAUGGCAUUCAAUAUUUAGAAAGAAAUGAAGAAAAAUUGAAGAAAGCUGCUAAAAUAUUAACACAGGAAAAAACAACUUUGCAGAAACUUAAGGACUGGAUAAGAUUAAAAUCUGACAUGUAUGAAGGCCUUCCAUUUGUUUCCAAAUUGUGAAUAUGUAAAGUAAAUUUUGUUUCAGAAAUCUGUUCUGUUUUGCAAGGGAUCAACAUUUAUUAGUCACUAUGUCAUUAUUUUUGAAUAUAAUGAACAAGAUGAGCUGGGGGAAUAGCACAUCAAUGGUGCUUCUGGUUGGAUUGAAAGAUUCCACUAUCAAAGUCAAAGGGGAGGUGGCCAGUUGCUUAUUCUGUCCCCUUUUCCCCACAUCUGCAGCCCUGGAGGUUUCCUGGCCCUUUGAAGCCAGAUUUCAGAAGGAUUCAGAUGGGAGUAUUGAUGACUCUCACAUACUUUUGGCAUUAGUGGAAACAUUCUACUUGUGCAGUGAAAUCUAAGGAUUCAUGUCUGUCUUUACAAUUCUUGAAGUGAGUUUUUACUGGAAGUGUGUUCCUGAACUUUCUCCAAAGUAGUCACUUGGCUUUUUUUAAUCUAACAUUCAUUAUGGUCUGCCUAAAUUUGUGACAAUUAUGGGGGACAAAUUCUAUUUUGGAAAUUCAUACCAAAAUCAUGUUGACAAAAAUGAAAAUGUAUUUACCUGUUACUAAACUUUUUUUAUGUAGGAUGAAAAAACAAACCAGUUGGAUAUCCUGCUCUACAAAGCUUAUGGCGGAAUAAAUAAAACUAAUUUAGUCACAUUGAAUUAUUGGAACUAAACUCUCUUAAAUCCACUGAUAUCAUAUUGGAUUGCAAUGUAUUAUAAACCUGCAGUGUGCUACAGGUUCUUCACACUGCUGCUAAAUGCCAUUCCUUCUAUUUAAUGACAAUGUAGAUUGCCUUAUGAGGUCUACACAUGUAAACAAUUAUUGUAUUUUAAAAUGUUAAAACAUUUUGUAUAAUAUGCAUUGGGUAUCCAUAUUUCAUCUAGUUUACAUUAUCAGUAGUUGGCUGAUUACGGUAAGGUCUACAAUAGUUAAUCUUACAUUUUUCAGGAAGUUUAAGAAUGUUUCAUUGGCUGUACUUCCUUGUUUGAAAAUAACACAAAAAUUCAUAUCUUGUAAGGAACAAAAUCAAUUUAUAACAUGAUUAUAUGUUCAUAGUAUAAUUUCUUUAGUGAUGUGUAUAUUAAGCCUAGUCUAGUUAUUAGUAAAAUUAAACACGUUUACA